AUGUACACCAGCAGAUCAACCCGGAGGGAUUCCCACCCGCAUUCAUCCAAUCGCCAGCGCCCUAGACUGCUACGAUCGACAGCUACAGAGCCAUCCAUUACUGCAUCCAACAGUUUCCAAGCUUCACUAGUCAGCCCCAGCUCUCCACAGCGAGCAUCAGAUCUGCUCAGCAAAGUUGCCAUCUAUCCUUCAUCAACGCCGUGCGGGAUGGGUUCAGAAUCAUUAGUCCAUCACUCACAGCCCGUGACAAUCAUUGAUCGGGACAAUCGUGGUGAGACUGAUAGUGCUGAGAUCUCUCGACUGAGCAGCUCAAUAUCUCUGUCCGACUGCUACUUUAGCUUUCCCAGCUUUGACAAUUGGGAGAGCCCAAAGGCAGAGGGUGAGAAGGAAUCUUAUUCCUGA